UCGGUUGGGGCUACCGCAGACGAGGCCUCGCAGUUACAAUUAGGCGUUACAGUUACAUUGUGAGGUGAUCUACUAAUGGCAGUCUUAGAUGAGUGACAGGACGCCAUCAUGACCAUACCUUAUGCCGUUGGAAUAUGUGUUUUAUUGUUUGGGCCGCUGGUCUCAGAGACAGGGCACGUGUUUGAUUGUGGUAGUUCAUUUCUCAGCGCCAACAUAUCCACCUGGGGAGUUUUGUCAUCCCCUGGGUACCCAAACUACAACUACAGCAACAACAUGGACUGCAGAUGGACAAUCACUGCACCCGGUGGACAUAUAGUAAAAGUCGACUUUGAGAAUAUUUCUUUGGAUGACAAAUCCUGCGCAAAAGACUACCUUAACAUCAGUGACGGUCCCACGCCUUUCGACCCACGGUUGGGUAUAUACUGUGAUGACAUCACGGGGUACAUCGUCAGCUCGGGCAGCGCCAUGACAAUCACCUUCCACACUGACAGCUCUGUGACAGACAGAGGAUUUUCUCUGAAAUACAUUGCAUGGAUACGAGGGUGUGGCGGACAUAACGUCGUGCUAAGCAAUGAGACGAAAUAUAUUUCAUCACCAAAUCGUCCUUUUUCUUAUCCAAAAAAUGUGGACUGUGAGUGGACAAUCAGCACUUCCAUUGAGGGAUACGUAAUCCAUGUUACAGCACCGAUGUUCGACAUUGAGUACGGCUCCAGAUGUACCCGUGACUAUGUGGAACUCUAUGAUGUCACGGGAACAAAUGAAACCUCCCUCGGUCGAUGGUGUAGGUCAGAUGGACCAGAUACAGAGAGCACAGGGCAGCGAAUGAAAGUUCGAUUCCACUCGGAUGAUUUGAUUACACGCAGCGGAUUUAUCUUGGCCUUCGUUGCUGGCGAGCCAACAACCUCGAGCUCUGACACUGGUGCGCCCAAUAACUUAGGAGCCGUUCUUGGGGGUGUAUUUGGCGGCAUUGCGGCUCUGGGUAUUGCAUCGUGUUGCUGCUAUAGAAUAUGCUCCAGGAAGAAAGCCAUGUCCAACGAGGAGCAGCAGAGGAACAGAUCACGGGAAGACAACGUCUCCUUCAUCAACAUCCCCAGCUACGCGCAAACUACGCCUUCUGCUCCUACUGCCCCUUCUCCUUCUGCUCCUACUGCCCCUUCUCCUACUGCUGCUUCAGCUCCUACUGUUCUUACUCCUCCUUCUGAUCUGGAGAUCAAGUUUCAACCACCUCCUUCUUACAAUGAUAUCCUGGAGGAUGAUCCCCCACCGUACUGUCAGACAGUUCAUCUAUCAGACAUACAGCCUGUUGUGACGUCAUCCCAUAUCAGUGCAUUUGAAUAUCAAGAGAUGGAUACCCAUCAGGACCCAUUUGAGUGACAGUUUCACAUACCGUACAUGUUUGCAUCACUGGAGUAAACAGAACACGGGACGCAUACGUGUCUAUCAUCCAAAACUGUGCUACACUGGAGAUAUUGCUUGUGUGAGAUCAAACGAUAUUCCUAGGAGAUUUUGUACAAUGCCAAAACGUCAGAACCUGAUGACAUCACAAUGCUAUGACGUCAUACAGUUGGUAACGUCACAAUACUAUGACAUCGCAGCACUGUAAGUCUAAUGGCAGUAUCGUGUUCAGUACGUUUUUCAUUGAAAACUAAUAAAGAGUGAUUUUUUAUGAUGAAUAGAAUCUCACCCUCGUGUCUUCAGAUAUCAAACAUAUCACCACUCGUUGAUAAAAGUGUUGUUUUUUUCACUUUUGUCAACUUGUGGUGAUAUAUUUGAUAUCAUAAGGAAACGCAGGUGAGAUUCUCUACAUACUCAUGCACACAUUCUUUUCGUCCAUAUUAACUUUGAGGGAAAAUAACCUACCUAAUUUUUGAAAAAUCUAUUAUUUGAUAUUCAUCAAUCAAAAACAUUCAGCGUAAUUAAUGCAAGUUUGGAAAAUGUGACUUGCCUCUUCUUCAUAUUGACUUAUUAAUGGGGUGAUCAAAUGGCUACCAUUUAUUAAAUGUACUAAACGCCUGACAAUAUGUUUUCGUGGCGUGAUGUAAGCAAAGGUUACUCUCAUCAGUUUCUGAAUACAUUGUUGCAUUCUUUUUAAAAAAGUACCAAAAACUUUCAGCCACAUCAAAGUAACUAAAAUCGAGUUUUGUGCAUUUUUAAUUUUAUAAAAAAUGAACGCCUGCGAUCGCAAAUGAUAUCAACGUCAUCAAAUCUUCUGAAUCAACCAAAAAUGUGAUAUAUAGUAUAUAUACUUAUAUUGUGACAUCUAGGGCCCGAACUGUUUGGGUCCUGCACGAUGUUGAUAGUUUAACUGUAUACAAACAAAGGACAGGUGGCAGGUUUUGCAAAUGGCAGAUCGCUUUAAUAAACACUGUCUUAACAGGUAUUAGUAGGUCAGAACAAGCGGAAAUUUGUAAGAUAGAUAGUGUCACGUGCUGUGUUAUAUAUUGUGUAAUAAUGUUUCAAGUGUAUGACAAUGUACAGUGAGGGAGGGGGAGAAAUGACAGGUGUGCUAUAUUUAUACAUAUGCGUGUGCUAUAUUCAAACAGAAUUCUGGAAGCUACUACAAUGUUCAGCAAACCCUACGGGCCUUUUCAUUCGAACAUAUUCAGAACCAGGGAAUCUUCAGGUGUCUUAGCUACAUCACUUGUUUCUUAUUUCACAAUACAUCUCACGGUACAGUCAGUCUGAUUUCAUUUCAGGCCGACGAAUUGGUCACUAUCACAAAA